CCUAAUUUAUUUCUCUGCUAUCCUGUCUUAACCUGUUGCCACUGGCACCUUUCCUGGCUCAAAUCUCCCUUCAAAAUCCUUUUCCCUAGGUCGGUCCUUUGCAUUCCCGAAAGUUAGAAAGACGGGACAGAAAGGAAAGCUAAACAGCGAAUCUUCUUCCACCUUCCCCAGAUUUCUGCUUGCAUAAACACAGGCACGCAUGCAUCGUGCAUUUCCAGCCCUGGGAUUUAGGAGCCAGCUGGAAGCCGAGUUUUGAUCCGGUGCCCCAGAAUCCCAGGACUCUAGAGAGGGAGGAUUUCUCGGAAAGAGGACUUAACACAGAGAUGGGUGAGGAUGGAUCCAACCUAGCUUUGGUAUCCCUCCCAGCUCUUUCCCCUACUUUUGUCCGCAUAGCACGAACCUCGAGAGCAAAUUUAUUCUCUGUCCCCUCCCGAAAGCGGGCUGUCUCUUCCUCUAAGGCGGAGUCAGCUUGUCAGUGUCCCCGGCCAGCUGUCUUUUAAGCCAGCAGGUUGGGCAAGCAGCCCGUGAUCAUAAGAGGACUCCCAAACAACACCCAGCAGUUCACAGUCGCUAGCCACUUGCGGGGCCCCCUCCGGCCGGCGCCAUGGAUUCCCGGCCCCUGUUCCAGACUCUCUACCUCCUGGCCGAAGACAACAUCGCCUUCUUCCGGGACAGCACCACGGAGACGGGGCAGCGCUUCCUGGCGGCUUUCACCGCCAUCCGGGAGCACGCCCGGCGCCUGGAGCCGGUGCUCAACCACUUUGCCACCGUCUACCACAUCUUCGACUUGGACGAGCACACGGCGGCCAACGGCUACCGCAGCCUGGCUCAGACGGUGCGCUGCUGCCUGGCCCACAUUGUGCACAAGAGCCGCUACGUGGCCGCCAACCGCCGCAGCAUCUUCUUCCGCACCAGCCACAACUGCGCCGAGCUGGAAGCGUACUGUACGGCCUUGACUCAGCUCCGUGCCCUGGUCUACCUCGCCCAGCAGCUCCUGACCCAGAACCAGCCCGGCUGUCUCUUCAACCUCGAGGACAAUGGGCUCUCGGUCCAGUUUCUCCAAGAGUACAUCACCAUGCGCAAGGGCUGCUUCUAUGGCCGCUGCAUGGGCUUCCAGUUUGCUCCCUCGAUCCGACCCUUCCUGCAGACCAUCGCCAUCAGCCUCGUUUCUUUUGGGGAAAACUACAAACGUCACGUUUCUGGCCUUGGUGUGGCCGCCGGCUCCCUUUUCACCAGUGGGAAAUUUGCCAUUGACCCAGAACUGCGUGGCGUUGAGUUUGAGCGCAUCACUCAAAAUCUUGAUGUGCAUUUCUGGAAAAGCUUCUGGAACCUGACUGAGAUGGAAUUGCUGGCGUCCUUGGCCAGCAUGACCUCCUCCCAGGUCCGGCUCUCUCGGGCCCUGUCGGUGCCCCCUCAUUCCUUUGAUCUGCCUCUGGUUGCUGACCCCAAGCUGACAGUGACCAUCACACCCCCGGUGGCUCACACGGGACCUGGACCGGUUCACAUGAGGCUCAUCUCCCAUGAGCUGCGUGAGGGGCAGGAGAGUGAAGAGCUUUGCAAUCUGCUGCGCCCGGAAGGUCCCCUGGCCUUGGAGCUGCGCUGGAGGACGAAGCCCCUGCCUCGCUCCCCUUACCUGGUUGUGCAUUUCCACGGAGGGGGCUUCGUGGCUCAGACCUCGAAGUCGCACGAGCCCUAUCUGAAAGCCUGGGCUCAGGAACUGGGCGCCCCCAUCCUCUCCAUUGACUAUUCGUUGGCGCCCGAGGCCCCCUUUCCUCGGGCUUUGGAGGAGUGUUUCUAUGCCUACUGCUGGGCCCUCAAGAACUGCCACUUACUGGGCUCCACCGCACAAAAAGUAUGCCUGGCAGGAGACAGUGCCGGCGGGAAUCUAUGCAUCACAGUGUCUAUGCGAGCAGCCGCGUUUGGGAUCAAGAUGCCAGACGGGAUCAUGGCGGCGUACCCAGCCACGCUCAUGCAAGCUUCCGCCUCGCCCUCCCGCCUUCUCACCCUGCUCGAUCCGCUGCUGCCUCUGAGUGUCUUGUACAAGUGCCUCAGUGCCUAUGCUGGGAUGGAACCAGAGCCCCCAGAGGACCCCGCCCUGGAGAAGCUGGGCCCAGUGAACAUGGUGCGCCGGGACACGGCCCUGCUCUUCCGAGACUUGCGGCUGAGCGCCACCGCCUUGUUCAGCUCAUGGAUGGAGAACGCAGGCAAGAGCAAUGGGGCGGGAGGACCGCCGGAAGCCGUGAGAAAGAGCAUCUCCGAGGUGGGUCUCAAGUCCAAGUCGCUCACAAGCUUCAGAGACUCUCGCAAGAGCCAGACGUACCAGGAUCUGUCCCGUGCAUCCGACGCCCCGCCAGACCCGGCCCGGGAGCCCGGCGGAGAACGCCAGGCGGGCUUCUUCUUGAAAGACAGCGAGCCCGAGACGGCCACCCCCAGCACCAGCAACGGCCUGACCUUUCCUGACGACUUCCAGCCCCUGCGCUCCGACCAGCCAGUCACUUGUGUGCCCCUGGAGCUGUCGCCCAUCCUCAAGAAUCCAUUCAUGUCUCCUCUUCUGGCCCCGGAUGCGAUGCUCAAGGGGCUCCCGCCGAUCCAUAUUGUGGCUUGCGCCCUGGACCCCAUGUUGGAUGACUCCGUGAUGUUUGCCCGGCGCCUGCGGUCCCUGGGGCAGCCCGUGACCCUGCGCGUGGUGCAGGACCUGCCCCACGGCUUCCUCAGCCUCUCCCAACUGUGUCGCGAGACCCGCCAGGCGACGGCCCUCUGCACGGAGCUGAUCCGGGACGUCCUGCUUCCCCCGGAGGAGGGCCCUCCGCAGGCGCCUCCUGUCUCUUCCCUCCGCAAGCAUCGCAGGUUGGAGCGGACCUCCCACGGCGGUGGGGCGGCUGCCGCUGCCACCCCCGCCACGACCAACUACGCUCCUCCCCAGCAAUCCAGCACCACCAGUCCCCAGCCGGAGGGGGUGAAUGGUACUGCUGGAGAAAGCAGCCCUGCCACUAGCCUCAAGGUCACCGCGGCCAUUGGGAACCGCUCUCCAGGCGAUCAGCAAAGUGGAGCCAAGGAGGGCCCUCCUUCCAGCCCCCCGCCAGCUCCUCUUGUCGUCCCGGGCCAGGAUGCCAGCCCCUUGGGCAGCACCGUGGGCAGGGGGGUGGGGGCCUGAGCCCCAUCGCCAGCACUGUGUGGUACAGACUUCUUUUUUGCCGUGGAAAUGCUUCCGAGUGUUUUUUUCUUUCCGUUUUGGUGACGCCUAAGCACAACGGACCGGCCCCUGGCCAUGCCGAGAUCAAUUUAGGGAGGGUGGUCUCUUUUUGCUACCGAAGCCUGGGAGUGGGUUGGGGUGUGUGUGGUCCUGUUAUUAUCCAUCCCACCCACCCCAAUCUUCCAAAAUGCUGUGUUUUACACAUUUGGGAUUUUUAAGGAACCGCGUAGAAACCACGCAGCCCAUCUCCUCUUCCACCCUUGGAGUUGGCUAGCCUCCCUCUAGCCUUUCCUAGGUUCGUCACCGGUCUGUGAUCCUUCCUUUUGAACCUUGCCCUUCACGACCACUCCUGAUUCCUUGACACAUAAGCACCACUCCAGUAUUACAGAAGCACCUCUGGGGGAAGCUUCCGUUGAUGAUCGGCUGCCAGAUUACACCAGGCCCAUCCCUUGGCCUAGUUGGCGUACAAAUGCCGGCCUCUCCCUUCUUGGAUAUUUUUAUGGAGGAAGGGGAUAAAUGUUCUCCAGCACUGCCCAACGAAUCCUGAAAACACUCUGCGACCCCCUUCUACUUGCACAAGGUGAACCACCACUUGCCCAGUCCCACCAGCAGACGGGGUAACCCGACCGACGACCACUUUCUCGGUAUUAGCCUUCGUUUGGGGAAAGCACACCCUUACACUGUGAUCUGUCCACAUAAAUCCGCUUUAUCCCCUCUCCACACUCCUCUGGCCUUCUACUGUUGCUGC